CUUUUUUUUUUUAUUGUUUUGUAGAGAAAGUCUGUGAUUGCAGUGAGCUUCAUAGCAGCAUUUCUUUUCCUGCUGAUCGUGCGUCUUGUGAAUGAAGUGAAUUUCCCCUUGCUACUAAACUGCUUUGGACAACCUGGUGCAAAAUGGAUACCAUUCUCCUACACGUACAGGCGGCCCCUUCGAACUCAUUAUGGAUAUGUGAAUGUGAGAACACAAGAGCCUUUGCAACUGGACUGUGACCUUUGUGCCAUAGUGUCAAACUCAGGUCAGAUGGUUGGCCAGAAGGUUGGAAAUGAGAUAGAUCAGUCUUCCUGCAUUUGGAGAAUGAACAAUGCCCCCACCAAGGGUUAUGAAGAAGACGUUGGCCGCAUGACAAUGAUUCGAGUUGUGUCCCAUACCAGUGUUCCUCUUUUGUUAAAAAACCCUGACUAUUUUUUCAAGGAAGCCAACACUACUAUUUAUGUUAUUUGGGGCCCUUUCCGCAAUAUGAGGAAAGAUGGCAAUGGCAUCGUUUACAACAUGUUGAAAAAGACGGUUGAUGUCUAUCCAAAUGCCCAAAUUUAUGUGACCACAGAGAAACGCAUGAGUUACUGUGAUGGAGUCUUUAAGAAGGAGACUGGGAGAGACAGAGUCCAGUCUGGCUCUUAUCUCAGCACGGGGUGGUUUACCUUCAUUCUGGCCAUGGAUGCCUGUUACGGCAUUCACGUCUACGGGAUGAUAAAUGACACCUACUGCAAGACCGAAGGGUAUAGAAAAGUCCCCUACCACUACUAUGAACAAGGACGAGACGAAUGUGAUGAAUAUUUUCUUCAUGAACAUGCACCAUAUGGGGGGCAUAGGUUUAUCACUGAAAAGAAAGUGUUUGCAAAAUGGGCCAAGAAACACAGGAUAAUAUUUACACAUCCAAACUGGACAGUGUCCUGAUGUUGGUUUCUCUGAUCUUGCCAUUAUACUUGACAUGGUCAUGAUACUGCAACUGUGAUGCUGGUAUGAUGGUGGUGAUGAUAAAGACAACAAUGAUGAUCAAGUUCCUGUACAUUCUCAGAUGUGGAUGGUGAAUCUGCUAGUAAUUUCAACUGGGAUGCGGUGGAGGGUGAUUGUGUUCAUUGUGUUCUUUCUGAAGGUUCAGCUCUACACACUGCACUUUAUAUUUUAACUGGAAUUGAAAUGAAGGCCAGUGACAUGACAACUGUGACGAGAGAAAUGGGAUUACCCUUCAGGGUAGCUGCUCAAAAUUCUUAAGCAGUAACUUCCAAAAGUCAUGGAAUGUGGCCUCACGAGGCAAGGUUAUUGACUCCAUGGCUUCUUGAACUUGAGAAGCUCCCCUGUCUUGAAGAAUGGUUGUCACAAACACUGACCCAAGGAAAUGCUAUCAGGGUACAAGUAUCUUACCACAGCUACUAGUUAAUCUGGGGAAGGGAAAAUAUCUCUUCCUUAUACACCAUCUUUCUGUAGUACUUCCUACAGCUAAAGCCUCAGGCCAUUACCCAAUUAACAAUGAAGAUAUCAUGGACUUCCUACACAUUGGAGUCACUUGAAUAUCUCAAAUACUAAAUUCACAAUUAGCCAAGUAGUAAGUUUGAUGAAUUUCCACUCUCACCACUCCAUUCUUACUGCCCAAAACAAUAUAACUAAACAUUUAUUAGAAUGCUCUAUGUUAAUGUUUAGUUAUUUUUGUUGAAUCCUAAUGAUGUCCAAAGGCUAUUUAACAUGUAAGAUACCAACUUCAACACUGUAGUAACACAUACUGUGAAAACAUUCCUAAAAUAUAACCAAAGGGUCUCCCAACUCUACUUCAACAUCCAACAACACAAGUGUAUAUGCUUUUUAAAAUCAUGAAACAGGGAAAGCAAAGCAUAUUUUUACAUCAAUUUAUAUCCUAUCAUACUUCAUAAUAUAUAUUUGUAUAAUCAAAUUUCUAUUUUAUAGGCCCAAGAUGUCUCACUCCAUACAUUGUAUUAGUAUUGCCAAGUGCCAACUCUUAGACAUGGAGAGAAAAUGAGUCUUUGUAUUAAAUCUGACCAGAGCUUUUGCCUUCUUGGGGCUUAUUCUCCCCAUUGUGUAUGAGUUGUUAUACCAUAAUAACAACAAAAAUAAUGACCUUACUAUCCAAAGUGCUUUGUCAUUUAGAAUCCUUUUACAUAUGCUGUACCAUGUGAUGGCCAUGCCCAUUUUUUGGGAUUAUUGCCCACCCACUGUGCCAUCUGUUAAGUACAUGAUCUAUAAUUUGUUAAUUGUUCUGACUUAUUCCAGAUUGCUUUUCUUGCUAAUAUGUGUAUAGGAUAACAUUUAUGUAGACUAGUAAGCAAUCGAUUUCAGUGCCAAAUGCAAUAUAUUAUAUCAGGAUUGCACACACAAAAAUAUGUUCUUGGCCAUUGACUAAGAUUAUGAGCUUAGGUACUUUUGAUUUUUCUUUUUAAUGGAUCUGUUCAAAUGUGGAAAAGCUGAGGAAGCAGGGACAGCAGGAAAUACUGAGAGCAGAGAAAUAUAGUUUCCUGUCCCAGUCUUGAGACAACUCUCUUCACUGUAUACUAAUUGCUAAUUGAAUGUUGGAGUGUUGCCUGGCUAAAAGAAUAGCUAAGAAUCCAAAGACAUCCACACACAAUGAUUCAACAGACAGAAGCCAGGCUCAACUUAAAGACUAUUUUGGAGGCUGGAAGCAAUGAUGCAUUUCACCACAGGUGCAUUGAGCAGGUCUGUAUCAGUGCUAAAUAUCAUGAGCUAUCAUUAGAAUGUGCCAUCCUAGGUAAAACCCUCUUUUCUGCUCUGUUUGCUAUUAUGAUACCCCAGUACUCAUCCAUAAAAUUACCAAGCUCCAGUUCCAUUGUUGGAGCAAGUUAUUAUUUUAUUGUUUCCUUAUGUGAUUUUCAGUUUUGUGAAUGUUAGUUGUUUUUCUUUUUUCUUUAGUUAAUGAUGGAUAGAAAUGCCAACUAAAGGAAAAAUAGAUACAAAGGUUAAAACUGUAAUACAGGCUGUUUUUUCCCCCUGUUGUGAAACUGAAGUUCUACUUUUAAAAUAAAAAGGAAUCCUUAAUUAAUCAGAA